AUGAGUGCACCAGAAGCAAUUGGGAUAGUAGGAGCGGGUCUAGUCGGGUGUUUGGCGGCGUUGGCAUUUGCCGCAAAAGGAUAUGAGGUAACUCUCUUUGAAGCAAGACCAGACCCCGCAACAGUCGACGCUGGCCAACGAAAUCUCCGGUCGAUCAACUUGGCCGUGAGCAAUAGAGGGCUUAGAGCGUUGAAAUACGUCGAUGAGGACUUGGCCACGCUUGUCCUUGAGCACGUUAUCCCAAUGAAGGGGAGAAUGAUUCAUGACAUCACCGGAUUGAAGCAAGAGUCUCAACUAUAUGGGUUGAAUGGCGAGUGCAUCAACUCAAUCGACAGGUCCUUUCUCAAUGACAUCCUCUUGGACGAGUUGAAGAAACGCAAUGUCAAGGUCCAUUUCCAGCAUAAGCUCGUGAGAAUGACCAACGUGGAUGCAAAACCGACUUUGGAAACCAUUAAUGCCGCGGGAGAGAUUGAAAAAUACGUGUUUGACUAUGCCGUGGGCUCCGAUGGAGCACACUCGCAAUUCAGAUACCAGAUGCAAAAGCACAUGAGGAUGAAUUUUACUCAGGAGUACAUUGACAUGCAAUACAUGGAGUUGUAUAUACCUCCAGAUCCAAAUCCUCAAACCAAAUUCUCCAUCGACCCGAAUCAUUUGCAUAUAUGGCCCAGACACGAUUUCAUGUUGAUUGCGCUAGCAAAUGGAGACGGUUCCUUUACUUCCACCUUUUUCAGCCCUUGGUCGCUCAUCGAGUCAAUAAAGUCCAGCAAAGAGUUUGUCGAGUUUUUCAGGAGAAAUUUCCCAGAUGCAUUGGGGUUGAUUGGCGAGCAAGCCUUGAAAGAAGCAUACGAGUCAAACCCCAGGGGCUCACUCAUGCAAGUGAGUGCCUACCCCUACAACAGUCCCAAAGGCAAAACCAUUAUAAUUGGUGAUGCUGCGCAUUCGAUGGUGCCCUUCUACGGCCAAGGCAUGAAUUGCGGGUUUGAAGACGUGAGGGUGUUGAUGGAAUUGGUGGACACGCACAAGGGGCUCAGUCAAGCGUUCAUCGAGUACUCGCCAGCGAGAAAGGCAGACUUGGAUGCCAUAUGCAAGCUUGCGCUUGCCAACUACCAUGAAAUGUCGUCAAACGUCACCAAUGUAUGGUACUUGGCCAAGAAGAAGCUAGAUUACACCCUCGGCAAAUGGUUUAAAAACAAGUGGUUACCUUUAUACACCAUGGUUUCCUUUAGAGACGACAUUCCAUAUUCCAGGGCGAUAGAAAUUGAGCAAUCUCAAGCUAGAACAGUUUCCAAUUUACAAAUCGGGAUAUUCACUUCCAUAGUGUUAUAUGGUGUAUUUCAAGUUGUUAGAAGCUAUGACAAAAUAAGGUCAUAA